GGUUUGAGAAAUGCUGAUCUUGUUGAGCAGUGUCCUUGUGAAAUCUAUUAUUACUCCUGGAUGCAGCAGCUUGUGUAACUUGGACUGCUUCCCACAGAGAAGGAGUGUGAUUAGUAUGACCUCCACGAGACAUGAAGGCACAGGCAGUGCUCUCUGUCAUCCUCAUCCUUGUACCACCUCUAAGUGGAUUUCACGAAGAUUAAGCCUUCCGGAUGAAGGAAUUUACAUAUGCUAUGUGGGAACAGCAUCUAGAAACAUCAUAAACAAAGUGGUACUAAAGGUGGGAGCUUUCAUCACACCUGUGAUAAAGUAUGAAAAGAGGAACAGAGAUAGCUUCUUAAUAUGCAGUGUGUGAAGUGUUUAUCCACUUAUCACAUGGAAAAUGGACAAUACACCCACCUCUGAAAGCAAUAUGGAAGAAACUGAGUCUUUGGGUUUUUAUAUAAAUAGUAUGAUAAAUAUUACAGGAUCAAAUUUAUCUUAUGAAUGUGCUACUGAAAACUCAUUGCCGAAACAAAUAUGGACUGGAUUGACAAUGAAAGAUGACCUUCAUAAAAUGCAGGGUGAAAAUGUUGCACUCUCAUGUAAACUUGUGAACACCACCCAGGUGCCCCUGAACCAAGAUUUCAUAGUCACUUGGUCCAAAGUGGAAAAGGAGACCUCCUCCAUCCUGGCUCACUUUCUGAGCUCCUCACAAGAUAACAACUAUCAUGAACCCUGACUUUCAUGGAACAAAGACCUAAAAAAACAAAGUGACUUCUCUUUGACUUUGAAGGAUCUUAGUCUUUCAGACAGUGGGGAAUACUUAGGCAAUAUUUCUUCAAGCAAAUAUAGCUUACUCACCAUCCAAAUUCUGCAUGUUGUAGGUAAGUUACAAGUAGGGUCGGGUAACAGAUUUUGGCUAUAGUAAUAGAGAUUGUGAAUAUAAAACAGGGAAAUUAGGUUGGCAUUUAAAGAAUAAUUUUGAUAAGUAUUCUUGAAAAUGUUAUCUAUAGGGAUACUUCUGGCCAAGAUACUUCUUUAAAACUCACAAAGUCCUGCAUUGAAAAAAAAAUUUUUUUUCUCCCAGAAGAUUCCUCUUCAUGGUUUCAGGGCUUCAGAAAUGUAGAGGGAAUUUACAUGAUUUGAAAGGUAUUCUGUCUCUACUGAUGAGAGAGCCAACACUGCUAAUGACACAGAAGAAAACAAGGCCCUUUCAAAACACCCAGACAGUAUAGGAAAUGAAGCAGAACUGUGGUAACACAUGACGAGCAUCCUUAAUAUCCAGUGACUUCACUUACUCUUUCUUUACUGCAAUUCCAGCUAUGGCUCAUUAUGGCCCAGUAAUUCUACCAUUGGAAAGACUUGCAACCAUUGUCUUUGACAAGAUUACAUUUACUCUUCAAGUCCUAACCAUCACUCACUGACUCCCUACCUGCAUCAAGAUUAUGAAUGCCUGGAUGCCAAGGAUUCCAAUUCAAACUUAGAACUUUCUCAUUCAUUGACAUCCCUGCUGCAAUCAGCCACAGUGAGACUCCCAUCAAAAUCUUGGAAGAAAUUAUCACUAAGUGUUGAUUCAAAAUCUGGUCAACUAAUGAUCUGAUCAACAUAGAAGCAGAAAUUACCUUAGUGAAAAGGUGAAAAACCAGGGCAGUUGAUAUGCUAAGGUAUUGUACUCCAGUUUUCUAUGAAUAGUUAAUAUCAGUUUAACCAACUAAAUUUAGUAUGAUGAGUCUUAGGGACUCCAAAGUCUAAAAAUGUCAGUAUCUCCAAGAUUGCCUAGAGCAAAGGGCCCUAUCAACUCAAGAAUUGACAUCUCUGAGGCUGGGUUAUACCUUCCAACACCAGGUUUGCAUAGCUGAGUGACAUUAGCUAUGAAGAUAAUUUGAUUCACUCUUCUGGCUCAGUUGUCAUAUUGUUAAUCAGCCUUAUAAUAAAUUUAUAUUUCCACAUAAAUUUU